AUGUCGGAUAUCGGCAGCGGUGACGAAGGAAUUUCUAGUCAGAAGUAUGGUCAAGGUAUGGACACAGGCGGGAACAACUUCGACUCCGGUCAACAGCCACAGGAGCAGGAGUUGGCGUCGAAGAUGCUGCAGAUACAAUCAAAGCGCUUCUACCUGGACGUGAAGCAGAACCGCCGCGGCCGUUUCAUUAAGGUCGCGGAGAUUGGCGCAGACGGCCGGCGCAGUCAGAUAUUCCUUGCGAUGUCAACGGCGGCGGAGUUCCGUGACUACCUGUCCAGUUUUAGUGAUUUCUAUUCGUCGCUGGGGCCGCCCAAUCCAGACAAUGUUCCCGACGAUGGCAAGCUCAAGUCCGAGAUGAUGCUUAAGGACAACCGGCGCUACUACCUGGACCUGAAGGAGAACUCGCGCGGGCGCUUCCUGCGCGUGUCGCAGACCAUCACGCGCGGCGGGCCGCGCAGCCAGGUGGCGCUGCCGGCGCAGGGCAUGAUCGAGUUCCGCGACGCGCUCACCGACCUGCUCGACGACUUCGGCACCGACGACGGCGGCUUCAAAGGUGAACUGCCGGAGGGGCGACACUUGCGCGUAGACAACAAAAAUUUCUAUUUUGACAUUGGGCAGAACAAUCGAGGCAUCUACAUGAAAAUAAGCGAGGUGAAGAGCAACUUCCGCACGGCGGUGACGGUGCCGGAGAAGUGCUGGACGCGGUUCCGCGACAUCCUGGCCGACUACUGCGACAAGAUGGGCCGCGCGCACGCCGCCGCGUCCGACGCCAUGCAGGGCGGCGGACCCGGACCCCGUGCUGGCAGUGCACAGGCCACUAGAGAUAUUGACACAUUCACCGGCAGCGCCCCGAACCGGAUUUGA